UUCCUUCUUCCGGCUGGUAAUUUAUUUUCAGCGCCAUCGCCGUCUAAAGAGAUAAAACGAAUGAUAGCUUACAGGUCUUUUUUAAGCGUCGAUCUUGCUUGGAAAUUCACAAAGAUUCAUGUAAUACCGAAGCGCACUCAACACUUCCAGAGGUGUUUUUCUUCUUGCGGUUUCAAUUAUAACUCGGGGAAGCAUAUUGAAGGAGCUAUACGUGUUGCCAUGGACCGGAAAAAGCAGAAAAUGGUUGCUCAAACAUGGAGACCUGUUUCUACACAAUCAAGGUCUACUGAAGGUGGUCUAGGUGAUGAGAAGCAUGACUUUGGAGGGAGAGACCGUAAAGCUGAAGUGGUAAAUGAUAUAGUUGACACAACUUGCAGCCCUAAAGCAGUGCAGGUUAGUGAAGGCGUUGAUCUAGAAGGACAAACAACACCUUCUGCUGAUGAUGAAUCACUUUCAGCAGCUCAGAAGCAUUCAGUUACAGUCACGGCAGGGGCUUCCUUGAUGCGUUUUAUCAGAGGGAAAGGAGGUGCAACACAGAGGACAAUUGAGGAGGAAAUGAGAGUAAAAAUCAUACUUCCAUUCUCGCGGAAUGAGGAUUGUCUCAUCAUAGAAGGCAAUUCUGCUGAAAGUGUGGCAAGAGCAUCAGAUAGAGUCCAAGCCGUAAUUGAUGAGACAGUUAAAAGUCGAAAUCUUGACUACUCUCACUUUGUAUCACUUCCAUUGGCCAUACAUCCUGAGCUGGUCAACAAGCUCAUCAACUUCCAGAAUGCAGUUCUUGGAAUUACAGUAGUUAAUAAAGAUGAAAAUUUGGAAGGUGUUUCAAGUGGUAAAACUUUUGAUUCGGAAGGUGAGGAGCAGAACUUGAACGAACCGCAGGUUGCGGUGGAACUCAAAACUGAAGAUUCUAAUGAUAGUGUUAAAGUGGAUACAACCAACAUACAAUUCGCGAGUUGCUCGCCUAAAGUAUCUACGCCGUCUACCUCCGAAUCAAAGGCUUCUAAACUAUUAGAUUUGGGAAUCGAGAAAUCCAUCUUUAUUAAGCCAAAAACGUUCCACUUGACUGUGCUCAUGCUGAAGCUUUGGAAUAAGGACCGAAUUGAAGCUGCAGCUGAAGUUUUGCGAAGUGUGUCACCAAAAGUAAUUGAUGCUUUGGAGAACCGACCUGUGUCUAUAAGACUGAAGGGUUUGGCGUGCAUGAAAGGUUCUCCAUCAAAAGCUCGUGUUGUAUAUGCUCCCGUGGAAGUAAUUGGUGGUGAAGAUAGACUUUUACAUGCCUGUCAGGUGAUCAAUAAUGCGUUCACUGAAGCUGGUCUUGUUCUUGAAAAUGAUUCAAACCAGAAGUUAAAGUUGCAUGCCACCAUAAUGAAUGCGCGACACAGAAAAAGCAAAAGAGGAUCAAAAAAAGCUGAUUCCUUUGAUGCACGGACGAUUUUUGGUCAAUAUAGCUCGGAAGACUGGGGGAAGUAUCUUAUCCGCGAAGCUCAUCUUUCACAAAGGUUUGUGUUCGAUGACAAUGGCUAUUACUAUUGCUGUGCUUCCAUCCCAUUUCCUGAAGAGAUGUAACUUGAUUAAGUUCUAGAAUCUAGGUUUAAUAGUUUGUUUGUUUUUCUGUUAUUGGUAGUUCUUGUUGUUAAUUGUGUUGAGUCGUCAUUAUACUCUAUAGACCGUUUGAUUGAAGCUGAGGGUUGUUAUUCUGUGUGUGACCACUGUACCCUGUAAGCCACAUAUGCCUCUCUUCUUUUCUUUUUUAAAAAAAACUGAAUAUCAUCUGUAGAAUUCAAGAAACUCAUGUCCUGCAUUAAGCAACAUGAUGGAAUUUUUUUGAUAGUUUGGACAAUGAUAUUUUGUGGCUCUAAGAUAGUUUCACAUGGACUAGCACUGCUACUUGUCUUCAUUUAACUAGAACUACUAGGAUGAACUGAUAGUUUCUUUA